AUGGGGAAAUUCGAGAGAAUGAUGAAAGCUGCAGUCUCUAUCAAGUCAGCUGAGUUGGAAUCAAAAAGAAAAAAAUUUGAAAAAUUGCCAAUGUUUUUAAAGGCAGGCGUGUACUAUUCAACUAAACUUGAAGCUGUGAGAUUGCAAGACUUUUAUCCAAAGAUAUUCUCUUUUGAAAUAAUCAGAAAUGAAGCUAACUUUGAAUAUUUAAACCAAAACUAUGAUAGAGCUUGCAGAAAAUUUGAGGAGGCUCUCAGUAUUUUUAGAUAUUACAUCUGCUACAAUCCAAAGUGGCAGGAAGAGGGUAUUAAUGACAAUGAAAUAAGGGAGGUUGAUGAAAUUGGGCACAAUGAUUAUGAAAAAACAUAAAUCCGCAAAUUAAAACUUCAAAUGUUCUUGAAUAUAGCUGCAUGUAAUAUAAAAACAAAGGAUUAUGAGACAGCAGUUGCUGCCUGUGAUGAAGCCCUAAGACUAGACCCAUAUAAUACCAAAGCCCUAUACAGAAGAGCAAGAGGUCAAGCCUUGCCAAUAAAUUCGGGAGUGGAAGAUUUCAGAAAAGCAUUAGUUGAUCUAAGAAGAGUAAUAGAAUUAGAUCCAAACAAUAAGCAUUCUCUAAGAGAGAUUAAAAGACUUUAAGGGCUCAUUGAUAUCAAUCGGAAAAGAGAAAAAGAUACCUAUGGAAAAAUGUUUACUUCUUAAUCAUCUGUGAGUGAAUAUGUGGAUCACAAAAUCAGUAAAGAGCCAAUCAAUUACAAAUCUAUUGAAGAUCAAGAAUAUGAAAAGGAGAAACAGAAAAUGGAUAGGAAAGUUAAGAAAAUGAUGCAAGAGAAACUCUCUGAAUUCUCAUUUGAGGUAUCUUCAGAGAAAAAGCAUUUUAAGGAAGUAGAUGAUAUAUAGGAAAUGAUAGACAAAGCAGAAGAAUCAUAUAAAUUAUUCAGGAAAACGGGUCGAAUGAAGGAAGCAAAGAUGAUUAAGUCAAAGCUACUAGAGGCAAAAUUUGCGAAGGAGCAUUUAAUGCAUGUGAUGAAUUUAGAUUUUAAUCGUCCAACUCAAAAGAUGCUUGAUAUUGCUGCGAAAAAUAAUAUAGAUCUAAAAGAUCCAUAAGUCUUGGCUGAGUUUAAAAAGAUUCAAUAGUAGAAUCUUGAAGAUAUCAAACGAAUGAAAGAGGGUAAAAAGCCUUUAACAGAUGAAGAACUAAAAAACAAGCUCAAUGUUACGAGAGAAGAUAGCUCUAAAUAUGAUGAGGCAAAGAAAAAAAUGGAAGAAGUAGAGAAGCAAAAAGAUUAAUCUGUAAAGACUCUGAUUGAGACUACGCUUAAUGCUUAGAGAUUAAAUGAAGACAGAAUUAAACAAUAAAUGCACAGUGAUUAAUUGAAACAUUAUCUCGCAUUAGGUGGAUUCUUGAUUAUUUGGAUGGCAUUUAUUGUCUAUUCAAAUAUGCAAUGA